AUGUCUGUCAAAUUCAGCUCAAGCAGGCAAUACUCUUCCUCCCGCAGUGGAGGGGGAGGAGGAGGAGGAGGCUCUUCCUUUAGAGUGUCCAGCAGCAAAGGCUCCAUGGGUGGAGGGUUCAGCUCAGGUGGCUGCAGUGGUGGUGGCUCUUUUAGCCGUGGAAGCUCUGGUGGAAGCUGCCGUAUGGGUGGCUCAAGCUAUGGAGGAAUGGGAGGAGGAUAUGGUGGAAGUAGCUUUGGUGGAGGAGGCUUUGGUGGGGGCAGCUGCGGUGGUUUCGGAGGAGGCAGCUUCGGAGGGGGCAGCUUCGGUGGAGGCAGCUUUGGAGGUGGCUUUGGAGGCGGCAUGGGUGGUGGAAUGGGUGGUGGAAUGGGUGGAGGAUUUGGAGGAGGAGAUGGUGGUCUUCUAUCCGGCAAUGAGAAAGUCACCAUGCAGAAUCUGAAUGACCGCCUGGCUUCCUACCUGGACAAAGUUCGGGCUCUAGAAGAUUCCAACUAUGAGCUUGAAGGUAAAAUCAAGCAGUGGUAUGAAAAGAAUGGCAACUCAAGCCAGAGAGAGCCUCGUGACUACAGCAAAUACUACCAAACCAUUGAAGAUCUUAAAAAUCAGAUCCUCAGUCUGACAACUGACAAUGCUAAUAUCCUGCUCCAGAUUGACAAUGCCAGGCUGGCUGCUGAUGAUUUCAGGCUGAAAUAUGAAAAUGAGGUGGCCCUGCGCCAGAGCGUGGAUGCAGACAUCAACGGCCUCCGUAGAGUGCUGGAUGAGUUGACCCUGACCAAGGCUGACCUGGAGAUGCAGAUUGAGAGUCUAACUGAAGAGCUGGCCUACCUGAAGAAGAAUCAUGAAGAGGAAAUGAAAGACCUUCAGAAUGUGUCUACUGGUGAUGUGAAUGUGGAAAUGAAUGCUGCCCCAGGCGUGGAUCUCACUCAACUCCUGAACAACAUGAGAAGUCAGUAUGAACAACUUGCUGAACAAAAUCGCAAAGACGCUGAAGCCUGGUUCAAUGAAAAGAGCAAGGAACUGACAACAGAAAUCGACAGCAACAUCGAACAAAUGUCCAGCCAUAAGUCUGAGAUUACAGAAUUGAGACGCACCGUUCAAGGUCUGGAGAUUGAGCUCCAGUCCCAACUCGCCCUGAAACAAUCCCUGGAAUCCUCCCUGGCAGAAACCGAAGGUCGCUACUGCAUGCAGCUCGCACAGAUCCAAAGCCAGAUCAGCGCCCUGGAGGAGCAACUGCAACAGAUCCGCGCUGAAACCGAAUGCCAGAACGCCGAAUACCAACAGCUCCUGGAUAUUAAAAUCCGGCUGGAGAACGAAAUCCAAACCUACCGCAGCUUGUUAGACGGAGAGGGCGGUGGUUCCGGUGGCGGCUCCGGUGGCUCCUACGGCGGCGGACGCGGCGGUGGACGCGGCGGCGGCGGCGGCGGCAGCGGCAGCUCCGGUGGCAACUACGGUGGCGGCAGCUCCGGUGGCAGCUACGGCGGUGGCAGCUCCUCCGGCGGCGGCCAAGGCGGCAGCUCCGGUGGCGGCUACGGCGGUGGCAGCUCCUCCGGCGGUGGCCAGGGCGGCAGCUCCGGUGGCGGCUACGGCGGUGGCAGCUCCGGCGGCGGUAGCGGCGGCCACAAAUCCUCUUCUGGCUCGGGCGAGUCUUCAAACAAGGGACCCAGGUCAGCAGAAACUAACUGGGAUACUAGUAAAACCAGAGUCAUCAAGACGAUUGUUGAAGAGCUAGCACCUGAUGGUAGAGUCCUUUCGUCUAUGGUUGAGUCAGAAACCAAGAAACACUACUACUGA